AUGUCAGAUGAAGAGGAUAAGAGAGCUAAACAGCUGGAAGAGGCUAGAAAGAGGGUUCAAGAGUUGAAGAAGAAGCAAAAGAAGAAGGGCAAGAAGAAGAAGGGUGGUGAUGAGGUAGAGGAGGAUAAAUCUAGUAAAUCAGACCUUGAGACUGAUGGUACAACUGAAGUGGCACCAGUGGAGGAAGCUACUCCAGAGGACAUAGUUGAAGAGGAAGUAGCCUCAAAGGAGGAAGUUCUAGAGGAAGUAGACCAAGAGGAGGAAGCUUCAAAGGAGGAAGAGCAAGUGGAGGAAGGGCAAGUGGAGGAAGGGCAAGUGGAAGAAGCAUCAAAAGAAGAAGAACAAGUGAAAUCAGUCCAAGAGGAAGAAAAGCAAGAACCAACUGUCGAGUCAAACAAUAACGAAUUAUUCGACAAUGAUACUGACUUUAUGGAAACCAUAAGAAGUAAACAAGUGGACCAAGAACUUGAUCAAUUAAAAAAACAACUAGAAGAAUCACAAGCAGAAAUAAAGAAAUUAAAGUUUACAAAAUUAGAUCAAGAGACAAUAAUAGAAGAAUUACAAGACGAAAUUACAGAAUUGAAAAAUCAAUUGUCAUCUUCACAAUCAGAAUUGCAAUCCACUAAAUUAGCUUUGCAAGAGACUGAAAAUAAAUUAUCUAUUGCCAACUCGACACCAAAACCACCAUUAAAUAACACUCCUUCACAACUUCAAUUCUCCACAUUUAGUAACCAAGCUUCCACUCCUGUUCAUAAACAAGUCAAUGCCACUAGUCCAACUUUUGAUCGUUCAAGUCUAAGCAAAUGGCACGAUUGGAACAUCAAUAUGACUACAUGGAGAAGUAUUGGAUCAGGUCCAAUUGUAGAAUUUUAG